GAAUCAAUGAAAAAAAUAACAGGAUUUUCUGUUCACUUUUGCUGAAACUAUUUUUUUAAUGGAAUCAGGUCAUUAAUAAUUUAUGAAAACUUUUUUCUUGAGAGGACACUGAAAUUAACUUGAGUUUAAGAAAAGAGGAAGGAACGGACUGGGCGUUUCCGUUGUCUGCGUCUCGCUACAGGAGCCAUAUAUUGAAAACAAUGUCUGGAAGCUUCUACUUUGUAAUUGUUGGCCACCAUGAUAAUCCAGUUUUUGAAAUGGAGUUUUUGCCAGCUGGGAAAGCUGAAUCCAAAGAUGACCACCGUCAUCUGAACCAGUUCAUAGCUCAUGCUGCUCUUGACCUGGUAGAUGAGAACAUGUGGCUGUCGAACAACAUGUACUUAAAAACUGUGGACAAGUUCAACGAGUGGUUUGUGUCAGCAUUUGUCACUGCAGGGCAUAUGAGAUUUAUUAUGCUUCAUGACAUAAAGCAAGAAGAUGGAAUAAAGAACUUCUUUACUGAUGUCUAUGAUUUAUAUAUAAAGUUUGCAAUGAAUCCAUUUUACGAACCGAAUUCUCCUAUUCGGUCAAGCGCAUUUGACAGAAAAGUUCAGUUCCUUGGGAAGAAACACCUUUUAAGUUGAAUGCAGAAAAACUCCGAAACAAUGUUACAACAAUGGGGUAUACUCAGGAAUGUGUACAUUGUAAGUAACUUGAUUAAAUAGCCUGGAAACUUUUACUUGUAGUGUCAAUUUAUCUAAACCUAAUGAAACUGCUAUUAUAUUUAAACAUAGUACAUUCUGUUUCAUGACACUUACAAAUAGAUCAAUAUUUGCUUGUAAACAGUGUUAUUUAUAAAAAGCUCCUUAUCAAUAUUAAAAUGUUUUUUAUUUUAGAAGUUGAGAAUAAGGUUUUAACUUUCCUAAUUCAUAUAGUUUGAUCUUGAUAUAACAGUUCAAAAAUAAAUGCCAUAAUCAAGAUUUGAUAGAUUUAAAACUAAAAGGAUGGCUUGGCACCUGUGGCUCAAGAGGUUAAGGCACCAGCCACAUAUACCAGAGCUGGCGGGUUUGAAUCCAGCCAGGGCCUGCCAAACAACAAUGAUGGCUACAACCCAAAAAAAAAAAAAAAAAAGCCAGGUGUUGUGGUGGGCACCUGUAGUCCCAGCUACUUGGGAGACUGAGGCAAGAGAAUUGCUUAAGCCCAGGAGUUGGAGGUUGCUGUGACCCGUGAUGCCAUGGCACUCUACGCAGGGAGACAGCUUGAGGCUCUGUCAAAAAUAUAAGGAAAUUGAUAAUAUAUACAUUGGAUUACUUAUACCUUUAGAGAUGUUGUCAUAAAAACUUAUAGACAGUAUACACAGCACUACCUAAGAAACCAGAGAUUUUUGCAGUGCUAAAUGUCAUGGGCUGCCUCUGUCAUGUCUAGAUCCUUCCAGAAGUUUUAGAGUCAUAGAUCCAUGUUUAUCAAAUUAGGAGGCUGGGACCACUUAUAGUUCACAGUGACCUGGGUUGCUUCUGUCACCUUGUUGUUUCCUUUCUUCAGACUGUAAACUAAAGGCUAAGUGAACCUGUUGAUGUCUAUACUUGUAAAAAGUUGUGAAGCCGUCUUAGAAUCACUAUCAGAGAAAAGCCUGAAGUACACUAACAUUUGUACUAUUAGCCUUUUAGGCUGUACACCGGAGGGGGCUGGGUGUGUGAUCUUACAGUAAAGUAGUGAAUGUCUGUGGAAAAACAAGUAAUCGUAUAUUUUCUGAGUUAAUUGUGAGAAUGUGAAGAAUUUUGUUCCAUUCUGAAUUUGAGCAAGUAAUUCUAAGCUUGGUCUUGUAUACCUGUGUGAUCCAUGUGAAAUUGCUACCGUCAGUUUUUACCCAAUUUAUUUGAUUUCUUAAAUAAAGAUGUUUGUCCAGAAAAAAGAAAAGAGGACAUUGCAAUUUUAGACCCUUCAUAGACAUAAAGUAGUAGUUUCAACAAAAAUGUUUUAAUUCUGUUAGGCCUCUGUAGUCUAAGGAAAAAUUAUUAUAUGUAUAUCUAGUCUA